AUGGAUAGACGACCAAAUGUGCUGUCGUUUGGGAACAUGUCUAUUUUUCAAAAGCGCAGGUCGCACCAACUUGGGGAUAAUCAAAGUAGCGUAACUCCUCCAAUGACUCCAAGUAGAUCAUCUUCAGUUCCGAAAACACCAAUUAAUUCUACUACUACAACUAGUGACAAAGGAAAGAAAUUGCUUAUCGAUCAAUUUUAUAAUUCGAUAAACGAAGCUCAGAACAUCAGUAGUGCUAAUAUCGCCAAUAAUACAAAUACUGGUAGUAAUUCAAGUAAUACCAUUAAUAAUAGUAAUAACAAUUCCAGUUCUACAAGCCCAAAUGUCAAAAACAAUAUUUCUUCUAAUAACAGCAAUGUUGACCUAAACUCUACUAACACCAGUGGUAAUGGUAUAAUGAUCAAUAGUAGUAAUAACAAUAGUAAUAAUAAUUUGAGAAAUUUAUUCUCAGCAUUCGCUAGAAAUCAACAAAGUGUUGGCGAGAAAGGCAAUGUGGCCUUGACAGAAGAAACGUUCAGGCAAAUAUUAAGGCAAGGUGGGGCAAGAUAUAUCACAAUAGAUAGUAACUUACUUAAUGAUGAUGACUUGGCUACAUAUUUGUUGAAUUUUGAUAGCGUAGUGACGGGGGAAGCUCUUGAGCCAAUUACGCCGCCAGUGGAUCAACAUAAAAAUGUCAGUAUGGACAGAGAUCAAUUGAAGCCCAUAGAAAGGAUUGUAAGUGAUCUAACGAACACCAUGGAUAAAAACAUUAGAAAGCUGUUGUCAACACCUAGUUCGUCGAGCUCGGCCAAUAUAUCCAACAUACAGAUUGCAAGAUUGAAGAACUAUGUAUUGCAAUUGCAAAAGGAGACCACUACACUCGCAGAUGAGUUAGUGGCCAACAAAGAUGCGACCACGAAGAAAUAUCAUAAUGAAGUGAAUCUGAACGUGCUGAAAUUGAAGGACUUGUUGCAAACUUUAGAACAGUUAGAGUCCAGACUAAAUGCGCUGAAGACUAAAAUAUCAUCCAAUAAAGCAAAGAUGAAUUUGGAUAUAGAGGAGAAAUUGCAAACGUUGGAGUACAUCGAUAAGCGCAUUAUUGAGUACACACGAGAGGCGAAGGAAAGAAAGAUGAAAAUGUUCAGCGUGAUACUGUCGGUGGCUGUAGUAUUGAUUAGCAUUUGGUGGAGCAUACGAGUAUACGGGUAG